GAAAAAUUAUGGUGUAAGUUCAUACCGUUCAGAUGAUUUGGUUUCAGCCCUUAAAAUUUUAGCAACAGCUGUAUUAAAGUAUUUAAAACACCUCAAAACUUGCACAGUAAACCUCAAUCUCUUGAGAAUAAGGACCAAGGCUGCUAGAGUCAAUACCGGCAAAAGUUAUCCGUUCGAAUAAUUUCCCUAUAUUGGUAACUUGGUUCGUCGAAAUUUAUGAAAGACGUUUCUUUGUCUGUGAGAAUGUAAGUCUUCACUUCCGUAUGAAAUGUUAACUUCCUCUAUAUCGAACUGAUGGCUCAAAGUAUUAUUUCACUUUUGAUUUGUCCUCGUCGCUCUGUAUCGUGGUUAUUUGGAUUCAUGAUUAUCAUAUACAAUUUAGUUGAGUUGCAGAAUAACUGGAUCUACAAACGUACUUGUCGGAAAACACUCUAGUUGUCAACCUGCGACAUGAAGUUCAAUAUAUUUCAUUUUAUUCAGCACAUCCACUUUUUUUCGUUUUAGGUUAACCUUUUGUGUGUAUUCAGAAAUUUUGCUGUCAUCCAGUCCCUCUGUUCUCUCAACAUUUCCCGUGCCAGUAUUUUUUGAACUUAUUUUUCUAUGUUCAUAUGGAGAAGGAGCAUCGUGAUGUCAUUAGAAAGUUACGCGUUUAUCUUGUACGAAAUGUUUCUAACCUUGAAGAAAUCCUCGAUAUACUGGAAGCCGCACUAAUUAUUACUGAAAAUCAACGUCAGUCAAUACUUUCUGGAGUUACUUUAUCUGACAAAAUACGUCAGUUUUUAGAUAUCAUAGUCAGAUGUGGUCCAUUAGCUUAUGACAAAUUUAAGCAAGCUCUUCUAGAAACCAACCAGAAGGGUAUAUAUGAUGUACUGAACGAAACAGAGGAACUAAAAGUCACUACUAGUCAUGGUAUAUCAUCAGAUUGCCCAUCUGAUAAAAGAAGUGACUCCAUGAUGACCCCAGACAAAGCUACCUCGCAUCCGCUAACGCCCUACACCGUAACUUCGUUUCCGCGUGGUUACGUUCUCAUAAUAAACAUUGAAGAUUACAGUCCUGAAUCCGGAGUACCAAGUCGUCAUGGUUCGUCGCAUGAUGCAUCUAAACUCCAACUUCUUUUUGAAGACUUUGUUUACAGUGUCGCUGUCAUUAAAAAUCUAGAUGGAGAAAAACUUAAGAAAGUUGUUCAAGAGUUUGCUUGCAAACAGGAGCAUAGUAACGUCCAUGCGGCUGUUCUUAUCAUUUUAGCACAUGGUUUAGAACAUCAUAUUAUAGCAAGUGAUGGUACUCACGUUAGUAUUGACGAACUAGUUAGUUGUUUUACUAACAAAAGAUGUCCUCUCCUAGCUGGAAAACCGAAGCUCAUACUCAUACAAGCUUGUAGAGGUGAAGAACGUAAUCAUAAUGGUGUUGUAAAGCGUGAUUUCUCAGACUCUAUAUCACCAAACGUUUGUGAAGUGUCACUAGAUCCCAGCUCUUGGUUGUCACUGCCACAUAUGAGCGACUGUGUAAUCGUGUAUUCUACUCUACCUGGAUUUGUGUCUUGGCGAUCUGAAAUAGAGGGGAGCUGGUAUGUAAAGGUGUUCGUCGAGGUAACAAGACUGCAUGGGCAUAGGCUUCACAUUCUUGAAAUAUUAACCGAGGUUAACAAUAGGCUUGUGUCAGAGGCUUCAAACUAUGGUAUCAAACAAAUAUCUCAACCAGUAACAACACUCACUAAGCCUUACUAUUUGUCCACUCUGAAAACUUGAAGUUAGUAUCUGACUUAAGAUCGUAGUAAUCUACUUUCACCCCAAUACUACUAGCUUUAUUCUAAAAAACUUGUGAUAUAAUAUCCUACUUUGAUUGUAAUCAAGCUUAUAGAUUGUUUUUAUCACUACCUAUGCAUAUGUAUAUAGAACAAUUUUUAAUAAAUAAAUAUUUCUCCUAUC